UCCAUCCCGAGAUAAGUCACCCACAGCCAUCUCCUUCCAAUCGCAAUGACGUAUAGAGAAGAUAAGGUCUGCUGCUUCACCUGGCUCUUUAUCCUGUACCUAUAACUUCAACGUGAAUUCGAGUCCAGUGUAGUGGACAAAGCGCUCCCUUGCCAAUCAGCACAUCGCCCCAUAGGCACUAGUUCACGCCUAAAACCCACUUAACCCAUUCUCUUAAAAAGAGUGAAAAUUAUAGCGGCAGUUGUCACUGGAUUGGGGAUAGUUUCUAGUGUGUAAAGUCACCAACAUAACAACAACAAAGAAUGUCAUCGAGCAAAAGUGGUGCCAAAGGUGGUGGCAAGUUCACUCACAAAUUGUACUUUGAUCCUAGAGCCGAUCAAUCAGACACUGGUGGCUAUUGGAUUACAGAUGACCAACUUCGCCAAAAAUUGGCAAACUUAAUUAACACCGAAGAAAGGAUCCAAAAGGUCUCCGUCUACAGCAAUCCGCUUUCUUCGUGGCAAGCAACGAACGGACUGCUUUAUCACGCGUUUAUUGUAAUGGAAACGAACGAUUGGUGGUGGUCGAUCGAGAAAAACACUGAAGACAUCACGAUUCAACGCUCGAAGAACCUCGAGAGUGUUCGUGACAUGUACCAAAGGACGAAACGGACGACUGGUUGGACUUCGUCGACAAAAAUCAGGGAGAAUGAAACAACCGUAGGCGGUAAUACAACAAUCAAAGAACUUAUCAACUACAUUUGGAGGAAAGAUUGUUUAAACAACGUUUACCAUCUUCUUGAUGAAAACUGUAAAAAAUUUGCUGCUAUGGUUUUUGAUCGCAUCAAAUCACCAAACAAUGAUCAAGUCUAUUUUGACGAGGCUGCCGAUCAACCCCGAUCUACAACAAGUAGUUGCUACAUGAGCGUGGACAAAGUGUUCAGCGAAGUGCAACGUUUAAGCGCUUCAGAGACUUUUACUCAAUUAGAGAUUUAUAAAGUGCCAUUAAGUUCAUGGAAAAUCCCAGAUUUUUAUGUGCCAGGCUUUUUGGCUUUCCUCUUUAUACAAAUAUCUGAAUUCUUUUCGCAUCAUUACUUUGGGAUUUUUGAAACGGACGAGGGAACUUACUGGUCGUUUGAACGAUUACCGACUCGUUUCACCAUUCAGCGAGCCAGAAAUAAAGACAUCCUUUUGAAAGAAUGUCAACGGAAUUCACGCGACACUUUGCUCUCCAAAACAAAGUUGGUAAAGUCAGAUGUUGCCGUGAGGCAAAAUAUGAAUGCAGUAUUGGACUUUAUCUGGAAAAAGGACAACAUGGACAUAUUUUAUAUGCCCGCAGAAUUGUGUGGCUUGAUAGCUUUGCAAAUCUACGAUCAAUUGAAAAGGAAAAAUGUCUUUCUUUCAAGCACAACUAACACUAAUGCAAUAAAAUUUGCACUGUCCCAGAAAUUCUUUAGCAACAACUGAGCUUUAAUACAAACUAUGAGCUGUUCCUAA